UUUUAUUUUUCUAACUCAUUAGAUUUUUCGAAUAUAAAUAUCGCGUACACAAAAUUAAACAAGAAAAUUGACUGUUUCGUGUUUCGUCUUUUGAAUUAUGGAAAUGUAGUGCCUUAUUGAACAACUUUUGUUAUGGACAUUUGGCUGAGCUUACUCUAACUUUGGUAAAUGAGGAUGAUCUCAUUGACGUGCUGACAUUAGCGACGUUCUUUUCGGCGAUUCUUGAUCGUUUUAUUAUUGACUAAGUCCAAUGACCUUGUCUCUGUACUAAAAUCAUCAGAAGAAGUUACAAUGAAGAAACAAUUCUACAGGGUGAAGCAACUAGCCGAUCAAACAUUUUCGAGGUCUGGUAAAGGCGAAGCUUUAACAGAUGAACUGCAAACCGCCGAUAGGAAAGUGGAACAUCUUCGAAAUGCCUUACACUUGAUAAGUAAGAGACUGGCCACUUGUGCUGGCAACACUCAGGGCCAAGAUCCUGCAGCCCGAGAGAAGAGACUUAAAAAACUACCUGAAUAUUUGCUUGGCCUAUCUAUGUGUGAAGCCAGUAACUUUGAUGAUGAUGAUAGCAUUAUGAAGUAUAUCCUGUAUGAAUGUGGUAAAACAGAAAAAUUCCUUGCUAAUGAAAUAGCUGAGCAUGAGUUAAAAGUUGAACAAUUAGUUUGUGCACCAUUGGCAGCUAUUAGUGAUCAAGAUCUUCCUGCCAUCAUGAAGGCAAAGAAACAACUAAGCCGUUUGAUUAGUGAGAAGGAAUCCGCAACUAGCAAAUAUCAUAAUCUAGAGCGUCAAAAAGAAGAAAAUCCAGCAAAAUUGAAUGCGGCAAGAGAAGAAUUGGAGGAGGCGGGAACCCGUGUGGAGGCGGCGCGGGACGCUCUUGCGGCGGAUAUGUUCGCUCUAGUGGCCAAAGAAGCGCAGCUCGCGCACACAUUGUUGCAAUAUGUUAAACUGCAGAGGGCGUACCAUGAGUCUGCGCUACAUUCCCUGCAAGACACCGUCCCUGAACUUGAGAGAUUUAUCAAUGACAGCUCUGUAAAGCCAGUGUUUGGAUAUCCUCUGGAAGAGCACUUGCGCGUGACGGGCAGGACUAUAGCCUUCCCUUUGGAGCUGUGUGUAUGUGCACUGCAUGAGCUGGCACUUAACGAGGAAGGACUCUUUAGGAUCGCUGGUGGUUUGUCAAAGGUAAGAAGGAUGAAGUUGUCGCUGGACGCGGGACUGUUCAGCGUGCCGCUGCCGCGCGACUACCGCGACAUGCACGUGGUCGCCUCCGUGCUCAAGUCGUACCUGCGCGAGCUGCCCGAGCCGCUCCUCACCUACCGCCUCUACGAGACCUUCAUCAGCGCCUCGCGCCAGCCCGCCGAGCAGGCGCGCCUCAACGCCGUCUGGGAUGCCAUACAUCUCCUGCCUCCACACAACUACCAAAAUCUUAGGUAUCUCAUCAAAUUUUUGUCUGCCUUGACACAAAAUCAAAGCACGAACAAAAUGACACCGUCGAACUUGGCGAUAGUCAUAGCGCCCAACCUGCUGUGGGCCGCCAACGAGAGCACCCUCGACAUGUACAUCACGAGCGCCGUCAACUGCGUCGUCGAGCUGCUCAUCAAACACGCAGACUGGUUCUUUCAAGACGAGAUCAACUUCUUCGUGACGUUUACCAAAGAGGAUCUGUUGCCCGAUCAGUGCGAGUACGGCUUCAGCCCGAACUUCGUCCACGGCUACAACCAGACCGCGGCGCUCGGCCAGGACCAGUCGAACGGCGACUACAGCUCGAUGAGCAAGUCCAUGUUCGACUACAACCACCAGCCCUCACACCACAAGGAGCCGGACGGUCCCGGUCGUCACUCGCGGAGCAACAGCCAUGACACUAGCCUAAUAUUAUUAGAUAACGAUAUCAAAAAAGCUCAGUCCAACAGCUCCCUGUCGGACCAAUCUAGUCCACCGCAUGGUAGCCCUAAACCGACCAUGAGACGAAAAAAUAAAGCCCCGGUGCCUCCCAACUUCACGCCGGAUAAAAGUAAGCAAAAAGCGGAGGCGCAAACACAGGUUGUCGACGCUACAAAAGAACAGCACCCGGCCAAAGUCGACAACGAGAAGCCCGCCAAGCCGCCGCGGCCGGUGAUCUCCGAAACCGGUAAAGUGAUCACCGGCGUGCAGACGAUCAACCGAUCGACGUACCGACAGAGCAAGGCUUUCAAGGACGAGGCCGCUAAGAGCGGAAGCCGCGAAAACUUAACCGACGUCCGCAGACAGAGCCUCGAGCUGGAGAAGGACAAAUUGGAUAGUUUGAAACCGAUAGAGAAUCGAGAUAAGGAGUCGACGUUGGUCGUUAAAAACGUCACGGCCACAACCGGCGUAGUGGGUAGAAUGAAAGUGAUAGGCGACGCGAGCAGCGGCCCAGCCUCUCUCGGCGCGGAGUGCAAAGGUGGCCCCACAAGGAUACAGAUCACGGCCAAGCCGACGGGCCAGCCGCCUCCCCGACCCGUGGCGGCGCCGCGCACCAUACUCCCAACGGGGGCGGGGGCAAGCGAAGCGGAGGUCGGCGACGUACAGCUGCGGCACAAACCAGCGGUACCCGAGCGGCCCGCCACGCUGCGUCCGCAGAGCUUCCGCGCGCGCACCUCCGCAGACAACGCGGACAUCGCGCCCACAGUACUCGAGCGCACGCACAUAUACACCGUCGACAAGCAGCACCCCACGGUCAUCCAGGUGGGCGGCGCGCACGUCGACCCCGCGCCAGAGGAACCCGCGCGCAACACCGUCCAAAGAACUCACAGUUCCGGCGGCAAGGACGCCGAGCUCGAGGAGCCCAAGAGUCUAGGUGCCAGUAGACAGCUGUCGCAGUCGGAGGGCAGCAUCACGGAGACGCCGCUGUCACCACGCGCGCGUCCACCGCGGCCUAUGGUGCCCGCGCCUCCACCGCCCGUCGCGCCUCCCCUCUCCCCACCACACCAUGAGAGUACAGAUCUCUAGUCCGCCUCGUACUGUCCGCUGCAAGUUGCAGCGUGAGGCAUGUACACCUGUACACUAACGAUGUGGGAUCGUGCACAUAUAAUUGAGUAUGGAAUUGAUUUUAUAACCAAAUUUAAGCCUACAAAAGAAAGAAGCUUUUAAUAUGUAAAGUCACCAAUGCAAAUUUUGAAUUCUUUUAUAUUGAUUUUUUCUUAUAUUAUUGAAAUGUAAAAGCUAACGUGCUAUUUAGUGAUUGCGCACGAAUAUAUACGAAGAUUUAAAUACAUGAUGGAUGGGACGUUCCAUUAUAAGAAUAACAUUAUUUGAUGCCAAUUCGUACGUCAAAGAUAAUGAAGAUGUGUUAUUCAUCGUCCAUUGGUGAAAUAAAUUUAUCAUCACUUAUUAAUGUGAAAAAAAUAAUAAUUAUGAGGUUACUCUCUCUCCAAUUGAUCUUCCAAGAAAUAUAAAAUCAACGAGGCUGGAUACUCGUCUUAUAUUCUCUGCAGUUAUUAAGAACUUACAUGUAAAGUGUCCUUGUAUAUGUAUUUAAAUCUUUGUAUACAGUAUUUGUAGAAACAUAAAAGUAUAAAUGGUCGCAAAAUGCUUUGCCGCUAAAAUUAAGAUGAACGAUUUAAAAAAUCGCAGACUGAUGCCCUCUAUUUAGAAAUAAAUCAUAGGAAUCGGCUGAUAAUCAAGUAUUACUAGUGCAAAUAGAAAUCAAUAGUGUAUAGUAUGUUGCAUGGGUCAAAUAUUUUUUUAAAUCUUAUAUUUAUUAGGUACACGCAUCUUACAUUACUUGGAUUCAUAAGUGAUGUCACAGCAAAGCUUUUGCAUUGCACUGAGUGAAGUCAGUGCAUGUGGUAUUGUACAAUAUAGAGUUACGAUACUGCCUUGUGAUAUUAGAGUGAAUUGACAAGAGUCCGUA